ACUUCUCUCUUCUUUGUCAAAUGCUUCUUUGCUUCUUCUCUUUUGCAAUGCCAAGAGCCAAAAGUUGCCACCCAAUCUCAAUUCCAAUGGUUUUGAUUGGAAUUCUUUGUCUGUCUCCUUCAUUAGUAGUUUCCAACCCAAAUCCCUUACCACUCCAAUUUUCAAAAUUCUCAAGAGCUUCUACCAAAAAUGGUCACACCACUAAAAACCCAAAAGAGAUUUUUGAUCAUUCAAUCCAAUUGAGCUUUCAACAAGCUCAACAUGCCCAAGCCAUUGCUUCCAAUCUAAGCCUCUCUUAUGGGAAGGCUCAUGAGACCCACUUCUUGGUUGGUGAUGGUGGUGGCAUGGGUGAUUGUAUUGAGUUGCUUGAUGACACUUUAGACCUACUCUCCAAUGUAAUUUCCCACAAAAACAACCACCUUCAAGCACUUGAUGAUGAUGAUGAUGAUGUCCAAACAUGGCUUAGUGCUGCCCUUACCAAUCAAGAAACAUGUAGUGAAAGCCUUGGUGAUGAUAAAUCAAUGCUUCACAAGAGGGUUAUUGAUUCCAUGACACAAAAUUUGACAAAAUCUAUUGCCAACUCUUUAGAACUUUAUGUGUCAAAUGUUAAAGGGAAGGACAAAAUGUUGAAUAACCCUAGUGGUGGUGGUGGUGGUGGUGGAAGGAGGUUGUUGUCCGGCGGUACGGGAGAUUUUCCGGCGUGGGUGUCGGCGGCCGAACGGGAGCUUCUAGAAGGUUCUAUAGGGAGGAUUCAAGUUCAUGCUGUGGUGGCAAGGGAUGGAAGUGGAACACACAGGACAAUUGGGGAGGCAAUUGUGGGUUCAUUGGCGGGAGAGGGUAGAACUGUAAUUCAAGUGAAGGCUGGGACUUAUCAUGAGAAUAUCAAGAUUCCGACAAAGCAAAAGAAUGUGAUGCUAAUUGGUGAAGGCAAGGGCAUAACGGUCAUUGUCGCCAGUAGAAGUAACGAGGAAGGGUGGACUACUUUCCAGUCUGCUACUGUGGCUGCCAUGGGAGAUGGAUUUAUGGCUCGAGACAUAACCAUUGUCAACAGUGCUGGUCCUGCUAAGCACCAAGCAGUCGCGUUGCGGGUCGGUUCUGAUAAAUCUGUAAUUUUUCGAUGCUCCAUCCAAGGCUACCAAGACACCCUCUACACUCACUCCAAGCGCCAGUUCUACCGAGAAACCGACAUCUACGGCACCGUUGAUUUCAUUUUCGGAAACUCCGCGGUGGUUUUACAGAACUGUAACAUUUACCCUCGGAAGCCUCUGUCCGGACAGCACAACUUCGUGACCGCGCAAGGGCGGAUCAAUGCGAACCAGAAUACGGGAAUCUCUAUACAUAAUUCCAAGAUCGUAGCAGCGUCGGACCUCGCGGCAACUAAGUCGAGGACGACGUUUCUGGGUCGGCCAUGGAAGCAAUACUCUAGGACUGUAAUCAUGCAGUCUUUUAUAGAUGAUUCAAUCCACCCUUCAGGAUGGUCGCCAUGGUCUGGCAGUUUUGCUCUGAAAACACUUUACUAUGGCGAGUACAUGAAUUCGGGUCCUGGUUCCGGACCUUCGGGUAGGGUUGGUUGGAGUCAUCCUGGGAUGACACUGACAGAAGCCCAGGCGUUUACCGUUGGUGGGUUCAUUGCUGGGAAUCUUUGGUUGCCAUCCACUGGGGUUGCCUUUGAUUCAGGCCUCAUAGGAUGAAACCUUGUGGUGGUGGUGUAGUGAAUUAAUGUGACUGAAGAUAAAUUAUCUGAUUUCAGUGUAUGUAUGUAUGUAUGGAGGAAUUCUCCUAUGCACAUUUUAAAUACGCAUUUAUGUUUUAACUAUUGAUUUGAAACAUGUGGGACCCAAAGCAGUGGGUCUCACUUG